AAAGGAAAGAAGAUUCUAUAUGAUAUACUUGCCUUUGCCAAAGAAAGUGUUAAUUCUCAUGUUACUACUCUUGGGCCUCAAAAUUUUCCUGCCAGUGACAAGGAACCAUGGCUUGUUGACUUUUUUGCUCCUUGGUGUCCACCUUGUCGAGCUUUACUGCCAGAGUUACGAAAAGCAUCCACACUUCUUUAUGGUCAGCUUAAAUUUGGUACACUAGACUGUACAGUUCAUGAAGGACUCUGUAACAUGUAUAACAUUCAGGCUUAUCCAACAACAGUGGUAUUCAACCAGUCCAGUAUUCAUGAGUAUGAAGGACAUCACUCUGCAGAACAGAUACUGGAGUUCAUAGAGGAUCUUAGAAACCCUUCAGUGGUCUCUCUUACACCCUCCACUUUCAAUGAACUAGUUAAACAAAGAAAGCAUGAUGAAGUCUGGAUGGUUGAUUUCUAUUCUCCGUGGUGUCAUCCAUGUCAAGUCUUAAUGCCAGAAUGGAAAAGAAUGGCCCGGGUGUAGUAAAAUACUUUAUCUUAAAU